AUGUCCAAGUUCGGUCUUCUGGUCAUGGGCCCGGCGGGGGCCGGAAAGACCACUUUCAGCAACUCUUUGAUCCAGCAUCUGCAAAAUACUCGCCGCAGCUGCUUUUACGUCAAUCUCGAUCCUGCCGCCGAGCAGUUCUCCUACCAACCCGAUCUCGAUAUCCGCGAGCUGAUCACCCUGGAAGAUGUCAUGGAAGAGUUGGGCCUUGGCCCUAAUGGUGGCCUGAUCUACUGCUUCGAAUUUCUGCUACAGAACCUCGAGUUCCUCUCCGAAGCUCUUGAUCCAUUGAGCGAAGAAUACCUCAUUAUUUUCGACAUGCCCGGCCAGAUCGAGCUCUACACACACAUCCCGCUACUUCCGUCAUUAACACAAUUCCUUUCCCGCCAGGGUCCCUUGAACAUCAACCUAUGCGCGGCCUACCUGCUCGAAAGCACCUUCGUGAUCGACAAAGCCAAAUUUUUCGCGGGCACGCUCAGCGCCAUGUCUGCCAUGCUGAUGCUGGAGAUCCCACACGUGAACAUCCUCAGCAAGAUGGAUCAGGUGCGUGAUAUGGUCACGCGACGGGAACUCAGGCGAUUUGCGAAUGUGGACGUUCAGUUGUUGCAAAACGACGAAGACGAUCCCGAAGCGCGCGCCAACCCGAUGGCGCCGGAUGCCUUGAUGAGUGGCGGCUCUUUCAAACAGCUCAAUCGGGCUGUGGCACAGUUGAUCGAUGAUUUCAGCAUGGUCUCUUUCCUGCAGCUGGAUGUCCAGGAUGAGGACAGCGUUUCCGCCAUUCUGAGCCACAUCGAUGACGCUAUCCAGUAUCACGAAGCCCAGGAGCCACGGGAACCCAAGGAUGAGCAGGAGGUGAACUACGAGGAUUGA